AUGACCAAUUUGGUUAACCUACAUAAAUAUUUCCCUAAUGAAAUUGGGGAAGUUCCGGAACAAGAUGUUGCACGUUGGACUAAAUAUCCGGCAUGGCAUCCUAAAAUUAUCGAUUAUGAUCUUGAAAUAGCUGAUUCUUUAGUUUUAUUGGCAAUCGUGCUUACUAGUUGUUCAGCUUAUCUUACGUUAAAAUGGUCAUAUAAACCACCAAAAAAUAAAAAAUAUGUCACAUAUUUUUAUAAAGAUGGAAUAGCAACCCCAACGACAGGUUUUACUAUUUUAUUAUCUUAUUAUAUAUUAAUAACUGGAAUGGGUGAAAUUACUUAUUGGACAUUAGAUGUCGGUAAAUUAUGGAGUGUUACUGGUGUAUUACAUAAUGUCUUGGAAAUUGCGAUUUUAAUCUUGAUACAUAACGGAGGAAAAUUGCAAUCAAACUUGACUUUUGCUUGGUUGGGAGGGUAUAUUUUAUUGGUUACUAUAUUAAGCAUGAAAUUAACGUGGCCUUACGACGGUAUUUGGUUUAAAAUCCAAGGUCUUUGUCCAGAUUAUGCUAUAAUUAUUCAGUUUGUUCGUGUUUAUUUCUCAACGCGUAAAAAUCUUCGAGAAGCAAAUGAUGAACAGCUUCCCUUAAACAAUCAAGCUUUACCCUCUGUUUCACAAAAUAAAUUUUCUAUUGAUGAAUUUUUUCCAAAUUAUGUUUCUCAUCCGAAUCAGAUUAUAUUAUUGAUCUUAGGUUCUAUAAUUCAUUUAAUUGGUAAUAUUGCAAAUAGUAUUUGGAUACGAAGUGCCUUAGCUUAUAUUGUAACUUGGCCUCUUUAUGCUUAUUAUAUUUUUGUUGAUACUCAUUGUGCUGGUAUGUUUCAGCAAAAGCGUAUUUAUUUACCUGAAACCAGACGUUGGAAGGUUAUUUUUGUUACGAUUUUGACUAUUACGUUGAGUAUUGGUACAGUUAGAUUUGCUCUGUUUGUACAAAAUCAAGAAGCAAAUUAG